UGCCGCGCGGUCAGGCCGGAGAUAUAAAGGCCGCCCCAGACACGUUGGCUUCAGAGAGCGCGCAGCCGAGGAGCUUCAGACGGGGAGAGUGGCGUGCAGGUAGUGCAGAGUCUCAGAAGUAUUGCUUGAUUUCCUGUGGCCAAGAUGUGUGACAAACCGGACCUCUCUGAAGUUGAGAAGUUUGAUAAGAAGAAGCUGAAGAAGACCAACACGGAGGAGAAGAACACACUCCCUUCCAAGGAGACCAUUGAACAGGAGAAAGAGUGCGUGAAGUCCUCAUAGAGAUGGCCCUCCCUGCAUGGAAGUGACCACACUCUUCCUCCUCCCCCGUUUUUUUGAAUUAAUGGGUUUUUUUAUAUUAUGUCUGUUGUGUAUAUUGAGAAAUGCAACAUCUUUCCAUUGCAACCUAUUCUCCGUAGCAGCUACAGCUGGCUCCCUCCCCUUCCCAAGCACCCUCCUGUUCUGGUACUGCCAAAGGGGAGCGCAAAUGAUGCCCAGAAAGAAAGGGUUCUGGGGCCCACAGGGCUCAAUUUCACCCUGCCCAUUCCCACAUCUCUCUCCUCUCUUCCCAAAUGGAGUCACUCCUGCAACUGGGCUCCACCAACCAUAUUUGCCCAGACAGCUUUCUGACACUUUACUUGGUUUGUCUUCCUACAAAUGAAAUGGAGAAAAAUCUAUUAAAAUAAAUAAAAAUGAACUAAAACUUCAA